GGUAUUUCUUCUCAGAAUCAUCGAGCCUUGCAGAGAGCUGAGCAAGUCAAACCUUGUACACUGUAUAGAUUGGUUGAUAAGACUGAUAGAGCCGUCACGAUGUUUCCACCGCAGGAUGUCAUGUCUGGUGCCUUUUCCGCCCAGCGUCAGUGGAGCCAAAACCAACAGACUCUGGGUACUGGGCCGACUAGACGAGAGCCAUUCCCUGCCUGGAGCGUGGUCGAAGACACCAAAAAAAAGGCCAAUGCGAUAAGCAAGGAAGCUGCGCGGGAAUUUGAGAUUGCCAGUCAAAAAGCGCAGUCCAAGACUGGAAAGAUCGAGCCUUGGUCCGCGAAGUACUAUGCGGCCUGUACUUUUGGUGGCCUGUUGGCUUGUGGCUUAACACACACUGCUGUGACUCCGUUGGACCUUAUCAAAUGCCGGCGCCAGGUCGACUCGGCGCUGUAUAAGAGCAAUAUGGAUGCAUUCAGGAAGAUUCGGGCCGCCGAAGGUCUGAGAGGCGUAUUCACCGGCUGGAGUCCUACGUUUUUUGGCUACAGCGCCCAAGGAGCGUUCAAGUACGGAGGCUACGAGUAUUUCAAGAAGUUCUAUAGUGACCUUGUCGGGGUUGAAAAUGCCGCCCGCUAUAAGACGCCUUUGUACUUGGCAGCGAGUGCUUCAGCAGAGCUGAUUGCCGACGUUGCACUCUGUCCCUUUGAGGCAGUCAAAGUGCGCACGCAGACGACCAUUCCGCCCGAGUUCCGCUCCACGUUUGGCGGGAUCUCUGCUGUUGUCGCAAAAGAAGGGACAGCUGGACUAUACAAGGGUUUGUAUCCGCUCUGGGGCCGACAGAUCCCCUAUACCAUGAUGAAAUUCGCUUCUUUUGAAAAUAUUGUCGAGGCCAUUUACCACUACCUCCCGGGCCAAAAGUCAGACUACAACAAAGGCGCGCAGACUGCUGUCGCAUUCACUGGAGGAUAUCUUGCCGGUAUUCUGUGUGCGAUCGUCUCUCAUCCUGCGGAUGUUAUGGUGAGUAAGUUGAACGCAAAUCGCCUGCCUGGUGAGGCCUUUGGUGCCGCCACAGGCAGGAUUUACAAGGAAAUCGGCUUUAUGGGUCUAUGGAACGGCCUCCCCGUCAGGAUCAUCAUGAUCGGAACAUUGACCGGUCUGCAAUGGAUGAUUUACGAUUCGUUCAAGAUAUUCAUGGGCCUGCCAACCACAGGAGGUGGUCCAGCGAAGGAGCAGAAGUAGAUGAUGGUAAACUGGUUCUUAGGGCCAGGGUAAUAUCAGAUUGUCUAGGUAGGAUUGCAGUGAAACAAACUAUGUAGUAGGAAGAUCGUUAUUUAUUUCAUCUGUGUCAACUCAUUGUAUUCGAAGCUAUUGUGACAUUUGAAGCUCUGGCAGUCUUAAGAAUAAGUCAAUGGUUAGUGAUUUGAGGGAUAACCAUUGCUCACUAUCAGGCAAAAAGUUAGUCACUACUAGUUACUUUAUCUUAUCAGCUCGGCUUCGUAUGCCUCUGAUAUA